AUCUCAAUUUUCAACCAUGAAUUUAAAGAAUCUACUAACUUCUUUUAUUUUCUGUUCUUCUUCUUCUUCUACUACUAUAAAACUGUUACAAGUCUGUGUUUUCUUAACCACCAUAACUCUCCCUUCAUAUUACUUUCACCAUUAAUUCAAACUCCUUCAAAGAUUGUUGCAGGGAAUUAGGAACUGAUCAAACGAAGGAAGCUUUUGUUUGAAUAUUAAUUGACAGUUUUGCCCUCCAAUCAAGGGGUCAUGGCUCAUAAAGAUGAUGGACAUCCAUGUGGGAUCUCCAUUUUCUUUAAAGAUGCUAGGUUAGCAUUAAAAAUGGAUGAUCUUGGUGUGGAAAUAGCAAAAAUAGCAUUACCAGCAGCACUUGCUUUGACAGCUGAUCCUAUUGCCUCUCUUGUUGACACAGCCUUCAUCGGUCAAAUCGGUGCAAUCGAACUAGCUGCCGUUGGAGUUUCGAUAGCGGUAUUCAACCAAGUAUCAAGAAUCGUGAUUUUUCCCCUAGUAAGCAUUACAACUUCGUUUGUGGCCGAGGAGGACGCGGUCUCAAACUUGAGUAACGAAAACUUAGAAAUGCACGAACAAACGGAAAACAAAAUGUUGCUCCAACAGGAACACAAGAUGACCGAGUCACCCGAUACAGAGUCGCUUGUUACAAGCCACAAGAAGAAGCGGAUAGCGUCCGCUUCUUCUACUCUAAUCAUCGGGAGUGUGUUGGGGUUCUUGCAAGCCGCGUUUUUAAUCAUUGGAGCAAAACCCGUGUUGGGUUUUAUGGGGAUCAAAUCCGACUCUCCGAUGUUACAUCCCGCACAACAAUACCUAAAGUUAAGAUCGCUUGGAGCUCCAGCCGUUCUACUUUCAUUGGCGAUGCAAGGAGUCUUUCGUGGUUUUAAAGACACAAAAACUCCUUUGUACGCCACUGUGGCAGGAGACGUGACAAAUAUUAUUCUAGACCCAAUUUUUAUGUUUGUUUUUGGUCUUGGGGUUAGUGGUGCAGCCAUUGCUCAUGUUAUGUCUCAGUACUUGAUUUCUGUAAUACUAUUUUGGAAAUUAAUAGAAAAGAUCGAUUUCGUAUCACCUACAUCUAAACAUCUUCAAUUCGGUCGAUUUCUCAAGAAUGGCUUUCUGCUAUUGAUGAGAGUUAUGGCUGUAACAUUUUGUGUAACAUUGGCUGCAUCAAUGGCUGCAAGACAAGGGUCAACCACAAUGGCUGCAUUUCAAGUUUGCUUGCAAGUUUGGCUAGCAACGUCACUUUUAGCCGACGGUUUAGCUGUCGCUGGUCAGGCUAUACUUGCAAGUGCGUUUGCUAACACGGAUUAUGAGAAGGUCACCGCAACUGCUUCAAGAGUUUUGCAGCUGGGUCUGGUUCUUGGGGUCGUAUUGGCGGUUUUCUUAGGGGUCGGGUUACACUUUGGGGCAAGACUGUUUACAAAAGAUGUUGGGGUUCUACAUCUCAUUAGCAUCGGCAUACCGUUUGUAGCAGCAACUCAACCCAUCAAUGCGUUGGCCUUUGUUUUUGAUGGUGUGAACUUUGGAGCAUCUGAUUUUGCAUAUGCAGCAUAUUCUAUGGUUUUGGUUGCUAUGGUUAGCAUUCUAUCGCUAUUCAUCGCCUCUAGCCAUGGAUUUGUCGGACUAUGGGUUGCUCUUACUUUCUACAUGAGUUUGAGAGCAUUUGCAGGAUUUUGGAGGAUAGGGACAAGAACCGGACCGUGGUGCUUUCUAAAGGGUACAUCAUAGAUUCGCUAGACGACACAGAUAUUUCAUACUUUCAUAGCAUUAUCCAUCCCUAAACAAGUUUGGACAUCUUAGUAGUGUCUACUACAUUUUCAUGGUACAUGUGUAUACUAGUACAUCUGUAUACUAGUUGCGGUUCUUUGGUUCUUGGAGCCGUUUUGUGAAUUCUGUAUGUAGUUAAAGACAAUACAAUACAAGAUUUGAAACGUAUGCAAGUGUAUGUAUAUUACAUGCAUGAAGUGUAAACAACUUUGAUGUAAAACAACCAAAAAUGAAAUGACAAAGAGGGGUAAAACGUCUCUUAAUAUCAUCGAAAA